GUUAGUCGACUUAUCUACAGUUAAAUCGACAACACAACAAAAUGUUCUAAGUGAGUAGGUGAGUACAAUAAAGUUGUUUCAUUCCGUGUUUACAAGUUGAAUUAAUAUGUUGUUCAUAAAAAGUUUGUUUUUGACUGCUUCAUUUGUUUGUGUGCUGUGUGAGAAUAAAGAUGGUGGCAAAGCUCCAAGGUUACCCUUAAAUGAUGGAAACUCCAUACCAGCCUUAGGUCUGGGCACCUUCUUGGGAUUUGACGAGCAUGGUCAGAAAGAAGUUAAAGAUGGUGAGGUGGAGCUUCCAGUGACAUUAGCACUCAAUGCUGGAUACAGGUUGUUCGAUACAGCUCAAGCUUACAAAAAUGAACAUCAGGUCGGCAAGGCGGUGCGAGAGUCCUCAGUCCCAAGGGAAGAUGUUUAUAUCGUCACAAAGCUGGCUUCCAACAAACAAGAUAAACCGGUGGGGUCGCUAUUUGAGUCCCUAAAGGAAAUGAACUUGAGUUAUGUGGACCUGUAUUUAAUCCACAACCCUGUUGCUUUUACCCCGGACGAGAAAGCCUACGCCAUAAUAGACUACAAGCGUACCUGGAAGGGCAUGGAGGUGGCCAAGAAUAACGGCCUGGCCAGGUCGAUCGGCGUGUCCAACUUCAACAUCAGCCAGUUGGAGCGCCUGAUGGAACACUCUGAGAUCAAGCCAGCAGUUCUGCAGGUGGAGGUGAACCUUAAUCUAGCCCAGGACAAACUGUUGGAGUUCUGCAAGGAGCACGACAUCGUUGUGAUGGCAUACACGCCCUUCGGAGGGUUGUUCGACAAAACCACUGAGUCUCCUCCUCCCAGGGCCGACGACCCUGAGUUAGUCAAGAUUGCCGAGAAGUAUAAGAAGAGUACUCCUCAAGUCGUGCUGAAAUAUCUGGUACAAAGGGGCGUUGUGCCUAUUCCAAAAUCGAUCCGCAAGGAAAAGAUCGAAGAAAACAUUAACAUAUUCGAUUUCGAACUGACUCCUGAGGAAAUGACGACUUUGAGCAAGUUCAAUAAGGACUACCGCACUGUCAACCCAUCAUUCUGGCAGGACCACCCUUAUUAUCCCUUCGAGAAGACAGACACCCCCGCUCCGGAUCCUUUCAAACGAAACAAGGAAUAACAUUUUAUUUUUUUUUAAUGUCGUUGACUUGACGAGUUGAAAGGAAUAAUAAGAUAUUA